UUGACCACGAGCUAAUGACAAUCACCGCCGCUUUUACCAGCCCUAACCGCACCUUAAUCCGCCGCGCUUAAACCCACAGACCCGCGGUUAAAAAUUUCGAGCACCCACACCCCGGGCGAGGCAGAGGCAGACAGCAAGAAAGCGGUGAGCCGCCGCAGCGGGAGCUUCAGAACCGACUUCCUAAAACCAGCAGCGCAGGCCGGUUCUGGGAGCGCCGACACUCGUGACCCAUGGAGCUCGCCUCCGCCGCCUCGGGGCCGUCACGGUGCUCGUGAGCCAUCCGUCCUCCUCGGGCGAGGAACCGGGGCUCGGAUUCGGCGGACCUUGGAGGCUUCUCGCUGGUUUAGUGGUGGAUUGAUCCCGUAUUCCAUCUGCGGCAGGCUUGUCGGUCGUUUCUUGAGGUAUUUUAGCCGUGGAACGUGGUGCGAGGUUGCUAAGUUGCCGAUUUGUUAAGGGAAAGCGAAAGGGUGCGAUCAACUUUUGGAUCAGGGAUAGGGGGAAAAGGCAACUUUGGGGUUUACAAGCUUCGGGCCGAUGGAUUUCUUCAAGAUCAAGAAGUUUGGGAAGGGCAGGAAGAGCGCCGGUGGUGGGGGAGAGAUAGUAGAAUCGGACGAUGAUGCGAACGCUGGGAAUGUGGCAUCGGGGGAGGAGCAGAAAGGAGACAUCUUGGAGGAGAUUGCCGCGGGGGCAGACGGUUCGAGUGCAGGCAAUGGGGUGCAUAACGAAGGGGAGGAAGAGGAAGAGGAAGACGAUGAUGACGAUUUCAUCACGAACGAGGUGAAGCGCAGGCUCAAGGAGUUGAAGAAGAACAGCUUCAUGGUGCUCAUUCCUGAGGAGUGCGCCGAGGUCGAGGAGGAUGGAGAGGAGGAGGAGGAAGGGAGUAGCUCGAGGGAGUGGAUGGAGCCAGAUGUCGGUGACGGGUUCCCGUUGUGUGGGUUUGAUUCGCUGUAUGAUAAGUACUGCGAGAGGAUGCUGGUGUUUGAUAAGAUGAUCACGCAGCUCUUGAAGGAUACAGGAUCAUUGAACAUUUCAAAGAAGUCCCCAAGAUCAGCAUCCAAACUGGCGUCCACCCUUCGCAACCUCUCAUUCAAAAGAAGGGAUGAGCUCCAGGAGGAUUGUGAGCAACUUCAGCAACAGCAAAGCGAGGAUGAUCCUUAUCAAAUACUUGAGACUGCAUAUGUUGCUCAGGUUUCGUUAAGCUGGGAGGCUCUGCAUUGUACGUAUGUGCACCUAAGCCUAAUAGUUGCAGCACAACCUAAUAAUCCUACCACCUACAGCCGUGCUGCUCAAGCAUUCCAGCAAUUCCAGGUUCUGUUGCAAAGAUUUGUUGAGAAUGAGCCAUUUGAGCAUGGUUCCCGAAUUGAGAUAUAUGCACGAUCUCGGAGCUCAUUGUCUAAGUUGCUUCAGGUCCCCACUUUUCAAGUUGCAGAUAAGAAAGAUAACAAUGAAGACCAAAUGGAACCAUCAAUUUUCGCAUCUGAUCUGAUCAAACUAUUAGAGGAGUGUAUCCUAACUUUCCGUCUUUUCCUGAAGAAGGACAAGAAAAAGAAUAGUCCCCUCAUGAGUGCUCAUGAUCAUACUGGAAGCUCGAUUCAGCAAGUUCAAUCCUCGCUUGAUAAGAAGGAGACGAAGGUGAAGGAGUUAUUCAAGAAGAAGAAAGGGUGGAAGAAGAAAACCUGGCCAGCAACAAUGGAGGAAGUCCAGCUGUUGUUUGCCCUGAUCGACAUCAAGGUGGUGUGGCGGGUCCUGAGGAUGUCGAAGCUCAGCAAGGAGCAGCUGCUGUGGUGCGAGGAGAAGAUGAGCAAGCUGGACCUCUCCGACAACCGGCUGCGUCGCGACGGAUCCCCCAUCCUUUUCCCCUGUUGA